AUGUAUUUACUGGUUAUAGUAUUGUUAAUAAACUAUGCUCAUACUCAACAAAGUGUUUGUUCAUGUUCUUGUUGCAUUGGUCAAUCCUGUAGCCCAUCUAUUCUUGCUCCUCUUUACAUACAAUCAUGUACGAUAGAGACAUGUCGUCUGCAAUGUCGUGCUGUUUAUUUUCAAUGUCAAGCAGAUUAUCCUAACGGUCAAAUUGCAGUACAAUGUUUAUCGUAUGUUAAUCCUUUGUACAAUUGUCAAUGUGCUUGUUGUAAUACUGGUUCUGCUACUUGUACACCAUCUUUUGUUGGUUAUAGUACUGCAUAUGUAUGUCAACCAGGUUCCUGCAGCAUUUCAUGUGCUACACAGUAUCCAAGUCAAUGUGUAUCGAAUCAUAAUGGACAAACAAAUGGUGUAUGCACUGGCCCCAUUACAACAAUCACAACAACAAUAUCGACAACGACAGUUAGUAGAUUAACUAAUAGUCCAUCGAUAGGUUAUACUUGUUCAUGCAUGUGCUGUCAAUCAGGUCCUAAUUGUUCACCAAAUAUCGGAGUGGGCAACGUUAUAGCAUCACAAUGUUCGUCAUUGGCUUGCACAUCAGCAUGUCAAAAUCAACAUCCAGGAAUUUGUCCAUCGAUAGUUGAUUUGGGCCAAACUAAUGGUAUAUGUAUAAGUCAAAAUGGAGGAAAUAUACGUUGUCAAUGUCAAUGUUGUGGAACGAAUGGAUGUUCAACUUAUGACAUUAAUACAAAUGGAAAUUGUGCAUCAUGUUCUACAUUAUGUCAACAACAAUCACUUUGUGGUAAUACAAAUACAGUGACAUUCACUUGUAAUUCAAAUCCAUCAAAAAUAUCACUAGAAUUUUCUCUGACAUUGAUUGUUUUUAUAUCUAUUAUUGUUUUAAUAUAA